AAUGCAUUUUUAUAUAUACAAUAAUGCAUAUUUUAUGAUCAUGCGUUUUGUAUAAUAAAUUAAUUUUUAUGAUAAUAAAACAAUUAAGAAUGAUUCAUAAUUCCCUACAAAUUAAUGGAAAAAGAAAUGAUUUGAUCCUCCUCCUCCACUGCUCCACAUGUAUAUCUAUAUAUAGAUAUGUGAUAUGAUUGUCCUCCCCAAAGAGCAUAAUUAGCAAGACAAAACAACAAUGGCUGGUAACACCACUCCAGGAGUCAUAACUUGCAAAGCUGCCGUGGCAUGGAAACAAUCGGAGCCCUUGAAGGUUGAAGAAAUUCAAGUGGAACCACCAAAAUCAACUGAAGUUAGGAUCAAGAUGUUGUAUGCCAGCAUGUGCCAUACAGAUACCACAUGUUGGAAAGGCUCCCUCUAUCCCAUGUUCCCUCGGAUCCUUGGACACGAAGGAGUAGGUGUGAUCGAGAGUGUUGGAGAACAAGUGAGGGACCUCAAGGUGGGGGACACUGUGAUGCUACUCUAUGUCGGAGAGUGUGGGAGAUGCUCGAACUGCUUGUCGGGGAAGACGAACCUUUGCUCCCAGUUUCCUCUAACACUUGGCCUAAUGGCUGAUGGAACAUCAAGAAUGUCUGCUAAAGGGCAAAGGAUCUACCAAAUGUUUAGCUGCUCGACUUGGUCUGAAUACGCGGUUGUUGAAUCCAACUACGUGGUUAAGGUAGAUCCGAGGCUGCCGCUUUCCCAUGCCAGUCUCCUUACGUGUGGCUUCACAACAGGUUAUGGAGGAGCAUGGAAAGAACUCAAAGUUGAAAGGGGUUCAACUGUUGCAGUAUUAGGCCUUGGUGCCGUUGGACUUGGAGCUGCCAAGGCAUCAAAAAUCCUAGGAGCCUCCAAGAUUAUUGGGAUCGAUAUUAAUGAUAUGAAACGCGACAAGGCAAAAGCCUUCGGGGUUACAGACUUUGUUAAUCCUAAGCAUUAUGAUAAACCUAUUUCACAACUGAUCCAAGAGGCCACUGGUGGACUAGGUGUGGAUUACUGCAUCGAGUGCACGGGCGUUCCCUCCCUCCUCAACGAAGCCAUUUUAAGCAUAAAAAGUGGAAUCGGGGAGCUAGUGCUGAUCGGUGCUCCAGCGGAGGAGAAGGCAGAGCUUAACUACUUUCCCUUGUUGCUCGGGAGGACGAUUAAGGGGACAACCUUUGUUGGUGUAAGAAUUCACUCUGAUCUUCCUAAAAUCGUUGAGAAAUGUAUCAACAAGGAAAUCAAUCUUGGUGAUCUCAUAACUCAUGAGGUUUCACUUGCUGAUGUGAAUAAAGGAUUUAUGGAGUACAUGAAACAGCCUGACUGUGUCAAGGUUAUUAUCAAGUUCUGAGGGAAAGUGGAUACUAAUUUGUUUGAGUUUAAAUUCUUAAAUUAUGGAUGUGGAAUGCUAAUAAAGAAAGUAAGAUGUGUUUAGGUUCUCAUGAAGAUAUCAUUGUAAUAUGGAUCACAAAAAUAAUACUCCCUCGUUUACGAUAUCA